AUGGACACGGAUGAGACGGAUUUGUUCGGCGAGGAUGAAGAAGAGAACAUGACUCCGGACGAAGCCGUCAAGCAGAUGACGAUGAGUUGGCAGAAUGAGAUCUGUGCUCCGUGCCUUUUGCCGACCAAGUACGACCUCGUCGACAUCCUGCUCGAUCAAAUACAGGGCAUGGAGGAGAGUCUCGCGAAUCAGACGAACAAGGCACAAUUGCGCAUUUCUGUGCAUCGAAUGGAUCUUCAGAGAAUCAAUUACGUCACUUCGGACUACAUCAGAUGCCGUCUCCGGAAAAUAGAAGCGAAUCCGAACGAAGCGAUCGCACAACAUGAGCAUCGGAAGAGCGAAGAUCUGCCCGACCUUCUCUCUGAAAACGAAAUGAAAUUUGCGAAGGAAUACGCGAGGGCAGAAGCGGAAUUGUUCGACAGAACCGUUCUGGGUAGUUUCCGCGUGCUGAAAGCUUUAAUUUAUCGAUUAAAUUACAGAGUCGCUGCCGGCCGCACUGAAGAAAAUUUCGGUGCCCGAAAUGCGAUUGGAUGACGAAAUGGUCUAUUGCAAAGUGCUCGAAAACGAGAUUGGAAAUAUUUCGAUUCCUGAUUGGUCGGAUCUCAACGCAGAAGUCAUUUUGGAAAUGGAAAAGGAUUCGGUUCAUCUCAUUCCGUUUGUCUCUGUCAAGCAACAGGUCGAAGAUGGAACAAUUCAACUCUUGUGA